AUGGCCAGUAUCGAAGGUGCUGCUGUGUCUGCAAUUUUGAAAAUUUUGGCAAACAAGUUAGCUCCAUCGAUGAUGAAGCAAUACAGCUCUAUAGUGGGUGUGAAUGUUGGCGACGAGUGCUUCAAUUCACUUGUGCAAGUUUCUUUUCUCCAGGAUGUGAAGGAAUAUUUUGGGAGAGUGUGUUGUGAGAUGCAUGAUUUGCUUCAUGAUCUUGCCCAGUUCAUCUUGGAUGAGCAAAUUUCAACUAAUGUGCCAAAGGAUGCAACCAGUUCCACAAAAUACCACAGAUACUUUUCCUUAGUUCAACAGCCAAAAAAACCUUUGCCUAGAAUGUUUUUCAAGAAUGCACGUGCUAUAUAUGUUGAUGGUGGUGAUUGUGAUGAUAUAAUAUUCAACAAGGCCAAGAAUGCAAAGCACUUGUGCAGUAUCAUUGCAAACAAUAAUCUAUCGACAACAGUGCUCACUGCCAUAUUUCAGACAAAACAUUUGAAAUAUCUUGAGAUGUCAAGAUUGCAAUGUGAAUCACUCCCUGAAACUAUGUCAGAUAUUUGGAGCCUGCAAGCUCUGCAUCUAGAAUGUAAUAGCCUUCUCGAGUUGCCCAAAUCUAUUGGUAAGCUGCAAAAGUUAAGAACACUGAACCUAUCAUGGUGUAUGAAGCUAAAGUUUUUACCAGAUUCAAUUGGUGACUGUAAUAUGCUUUCAAGCAUUUGUCUUUGCCAGUGCAUGGAGCUUGCAGCCUUGCCAAAUUCUGUCGGUAGAAAUAAAAAGCUAAGAGUUCUUAAACUAGAUCAUACCAAGAUUAAGGAGCUACCAAUAGUUAUAACAAAAUUGAGAAAUCUACAAUGUUCGAGUCUAUGUAAUUGUUAUAGGCUGGUAGAGUUGCCCAAAGGCAUCGGAAAUUUGGAUAAGCUUCAAGUUUUGAACCUAGAAUAUUGUGUGCAGCUGGUAGAGCUAUCUAAAGACAUUAACAACUUAGAGAAGCUUCAAGUUUUGAACUUGGAAAAUUGUGGGGAACUGGUAAAUCUACCUGAAGGCACUAGCAAGUUGGAGAAGCUUCAAGUUUUGAACCUCGAAGGCUGUAGGAAGCUGGUAGAGCUCCCUGAUGGCAUUGUCAAGUUUGAGAGGCUUCAAGUUUUGAACCUGAAAGAUUGUGAAGAAUUGAAAGGGAUGCCUGUAGGCAUUGGACAAUUCAGCAGUCAACUACAAAAGUUGACCUUAUUUGUUGUGGGUAAUGGUGAAAAGUUUGCUGGAAUAUCAGAGCUCGCAAAUGUAGGUAGGAAUAGUGAAGGUCUAAUUAUCAGAGGUAUUUCACAUGUGUUGGAGAAAGAUGAUGCACAUAAGGCAUGCUUGAAAGAGAAGACAGAUUUAUAG